UCGCUUCCUCAACGCCAGCUCGCUUCCUCAACGCCAGCUCGCUCAGUCAGUCGCCUCGCACACACCUCUCCAACGCACUCGCACACACAUGUCGUCUGGGCGCGUGCCGCCGCCACCGAGGCGUACGGCUCCUUCGCUGUCGCGCCGGCCAACCUUUGGACAGAAGCAGAGCGACAAGAAGGAGGAGGAGAAGCAAGCAACAACAAGCACCAGCAACAUGGACGAGGUUGCAGCAUCAGCACCGCCGCCGCCACCCACCACAGCAACCACCACCUCCACAACUUCAAGCCACCACCCGCCACCGCCACCCAAGCCAAAGCCAAAGCCAAAGCCGAAGCCAAAGGCCAAGCCGCCACCACCAGCACCGUCCACAAGCGCCACGCACACGGCGGCUGAGGCGCCGCCUCCUGAACAUCCACAGCGCCCAGACGCAGUGGCGCCCAAGGAGCCAUCGUCCCAAAAGUCGAGCCCGAAGCUCAUGCCAAAGCCAACGCCAAAGCCAAAGCCAACGGUUCCGCCAGCACCUGCAACUGGCACACCACCGGCAACAAAGAGGGACGACCAACCCCCAACACCUGCCACAGAUGGAAAGUCCGCAGACGAAGGCAAGAAGCCGACUCCACCCUCCUCAACAACAGCAACAACAACUGCAGCAAGUGCAGCGACAGGAUCGAUACCGAAACCACGACCGAAGCCACGCUCUCGUCCAAGUCAACAGGAUGUGACUGCAACUGACAAGGCUGCAUCUUCAACGGAGGAGCAAGCCAAGACUGCAGACGCAGCUUCGUGCCCUCCGGUCGUUCCACCGCACCCACCUCGCCACCAUAGUGUCGGUGAUGAUGAUGCCGCCGAUGACGUGACUGCUGACGGCGAAGCUGCAAAGGCACCCGCAUCUGUAUCGACACCGCCAGCACCGCGCCGCCCGUCUCGUCCGGGAACACGACCGCCGCCACCCACGACAGGUCAGCCCAAGGUGCCCCCACACCCAUCGCAGGAUGAGCUGCCGCAUGCCCAUGAGCACGAGCACGCCGGCGCUGCCGAAGAACACCCAGCCACCGCUACGGACCAUAAGGAGAGCGCAGCACCGGCACGGCCCGAGCGGCCACGGGCGCCGUCCAUACGCACACGCACACAGAGCCAACACGGCCGGCAUGACGCUAGCAACGCUGCCGAGGGCGGCACUGACGGCGGCAAGAGUUCUCAGGGUGGUGAGGGUGAAUCACCGCUUAUCCCCGUUCGUCCAAAGCCACCGCGCCCCGCGCCCGCACACCACCACGUUCACGACCACCACGACAGCGAAGGUGACAAGAACAAACAGCCAGAGAAGAAGGCGCACGCUGCAGACGACGAAACGCCACACCUGCCACGCCCGCCAAAGCCCGGCAUGCACCCGAAGCGACCACCACCACCGCCUGCGGGGAGCACGGGGAAACCAGCUCGGCCAUCGAAGCCGACGCGACCAACGGCGCCCGAGAGCAAAGUGCCGCCCCUGCCACCCCGCCCAACACAGGGGCACCCGCUCUACCACUACAUGGUCACAGGACCCAGGGUGACUGUGCUGUUUGACUGGGAGGGCGAGAAAGAGGGCGACCUCUCCGUAUCACAUGGCGACAUUCUGCAAUUGCUCGAAUGGGUUGAUGCCGACUGGAUCCGUGCAGACAACUGCGGAAAAACAGGUGUCCUCCCCGUGGUGUUUGUGGACGUCGUUGAGGACAUUCCUCUCACAGGCCCACGCGUCACCGCUACAUACGACUUUGAAGGCGAGCUGCCACACGAGUUGACGUUUGGCAUCGGCGACGAAAUCGAACUCCUCGGCGUCAUCAACUCAGAUUGGAUGCGUGGAAGGCGACACGGCAAGGAGGGCGCCUUUCCUUCGUCGUUCGUGGAGGUUGUGGAGCCGUGCAGGAGCAUGGAGCCCGAAGGAUGGCCGGCGGAGUGGGAGGCAGCCAUCAGGACAGCAGAUGAGGAAGCGCAACAACAACAACAGCAGCAAGAAGAGGAGGAGGAGGAGGAGGAAGAAGAAGAGCACGACGCAAUGGCUGUGGCCGCGGGUGAACAGACUGACGAGGGCGGUGUGCACGGUGACGCGGCACACGAUGUGAUGCCGGCAGCAACGCAGGACUAUCAGCCACGUGGUGAUGGUGGUGGUGACAGUCAUCACGAUGUGCAUGAGCACGAGACACCGACCGCACCCGCAGCAUCAAACGCGCAUGCACACGCCAUUGCGCUUUUUGACUACGACGGACAAGAAGAGGGCGAUCUGUCUUUCAAGGAGGGCCAGCAGGUGGAUCUUGUUCGGUUCGUGAGCGAGGAGUGGAUGAUUGGCCGCGUUGGUGGCGGUCCCGAGGGCAUGUUCCCCUCCUCCUUUGUUGAAGUUGUCGUCCCGCUUCCGCCUGAUGCAAUUGUCACUGCCGAUGCAGAGACACACGCGCAUGCCGGCAAUGGUCGUGGCGAUCACGAACAUGGUCGUGGCGAUUAUGGCGGCGAUGAUCAUGAGAACACGGCCGCAGAUGACGGCAGCGUGCACACGGACGCGCCACCUCAACCCGCACACGAUGCCAUCCGAGAUGUGCGUGCUGCGUUUGAUUGGGAGGGCGAGGCCGAUGACGAUCUGCCGCUCAUCGCCAACGAAACCAUCACCAUCAUUGAGGAGGUGAACGCCGACUGGCUGCGUGGCCGCAACAGCAGCGGGCGCGAGGGCAUGUUCCCUGCAUCCUUUGUUGAGCCAGCAGAGCAAUGAUGUGAUGAUACGGAUAUGGGUGUGCAACGUGAUGAUGAUAACAGUGUGCUUUGGUCGUGCUGCCAUGUCAUGUCGGAUCACGCUCGAUUGCUUGUUUCCUUGGCUGCUUCAUCGUGUGUUAUGUGAGCGACUCUUUCAUGUUUCGGUAUGCGUGUCUUGUUGGUUUGCACACCAUUCAUUAGAAGACUGUUUACUGGA